UGACAAACGAAAAUGUAGCGGUGCACGUCGAGUUUACAUUAGAUUUAAAUCGCGGUUAGUGCGUGGAUUACAGGGCUGCCGGUCGCGAAAAUGAGAUAGUGUUGUGCUUGGCGAGAACGAGAGACGGGAGAAUGAUGGCGUCAACGCCCAAGUCCGAAAAAUGCACAGAUACUUACGAAGAGGAUAUGAAAAAAGUAACACGUUUAGAAAUUGAAGAAUUUGUGUUCACGUCAGACUCGGAAAUUGACCCUCAGCGAAAGGCUUUAUCAAUAGAAAACAGUUUAAAGACGAAAAAACUGAGUGUUACUCAGAACACGAAACAAAUAAUGCGUUCUGUAUAUCUUAUGGAUGUAGAGCCAGAUGAGAACUGCGACCCUGAAAAUAGUACCACCGACUCAUCAGAUUCUGGUGUAUCAAACAAAAAUAAAAAAAUACCUAGCAGCAGUAAACGAAAACAAGAAGUGCAUAAAAAGCGAAAGCAAGAAAAUACUACUAUACCUUCAUCAGCAUAAAAAAAUAGAGCUGAUGAGCCAGGCUUGAAUAAUACGCCGUCCACUUCCAACCCCGGAAACUGUGAAUUGAGGCUAAGCGGAUUGACGUUAACUAAUUAAUUCUUUAUUUUUAUAUUCAUUAUUCAUCCAUUUUUGUGAAUUAUUAUUUUAAUAUGUUAAUUCUUAUUGAUUUUAUUUCAAAAUUUGAUACAUUUAGAUUUCUAGUUGAAAGUAUAAUUAAUUGCUAUUUUCAGAUCUUCCUCUUGUUUUAUCUGCUCUAAAAGGACUAUAAAUCGACAUGAAGGAAGUCUUAGCAAAUAAAAAAUUGAUUUUACAUCACUUAGGAAAAACAGAAUCAACAAAAGAAAAGUUUUUCACUGAAAAGCACCAGCUUAAUGUACCCUUCCAGACGGAAGACGAAUUUUAUGAUUUUAAUGUUCUGAUAAACAGUGAUGAUGCUUUUCGAACAGAAUUUACUUCUUCUUUGACCUACCUUUUUGAUCGGGAAUUAAAUGUAUCAAAAAGUUUAACAAAUAUUUUAAAGAAAUACCUCAGUCGCCAUGUGAUUUUGAAGUUCACCGUGAAAAAAAAGUUGCGGGUAAAAAGCUUAUGAACAGAACUCGUUUCUAUGAAUGUAUCUCAGGUAACCUGAGACACAGGAAGUCCAAGACGGUGCAGGUCCAGAAGAACGUCAUUUUAAUGUGGAAACUGAAUAAUCAACUUAAUAUUUUAUAUUAUGUUCCGAGCUUUUCAA